AUGGAGCUGGCGUCCGCCUCCAGCGAGCAGCAGCUGCGCAAGCAGCUUGAGAAGCUUACGAAGGAGAACGCAGCUCUUCGCCAGGGCCAAGUUCUCGGGGGCGACGCUGCAGCUGAAGAAGAGCUCGCUGAUCCUUCAGAUGAUCAGGUUCAUGAGAAGCUGGCCGCGUUGGACAAGCACCUCAAGUGGCUGGAGGGCUUCCAGGCCGAGUGGGCCGUGGCUCAGGCCAAAGAGGUGCGAUCGCAGCUGGAGGCACAGCGAAAGACGCUCUACGACAAGAAGCCUCUGCCCGCCAAGCUCUCGGCAGCCUCUCGCAGGGCGGAGGCGGCCAGGAAAGCGCGCGAAAAGGCGCGGGCCGACCUGGACAAGGCCAACGGGAAGCUGCAGGAGGCCCAGCAGGCGGCGGCGGCUGCCAUGGCGUUGCUGGAGGCCCGCUCGGCCGAGUUCGCGGAGACGGAGAAGGCCUUGCAGCAGCCACG